UUCCGAAGUAAGCACGUUGCGGAACACCACCUUCCACAAUGCAAAUUUUCGUGAAAACUCUCACAGGUAAAACCAUUACCCUCGAGGUAGAGCCAUCAGAUACUAUAGAAAAUGUAAAAGCAAAGAUCCAGGACAAGGAAGGUAUCCCUCCUGACCAGCAGCGAUUAAUCUUCGCUGGAAAACAACUCGAAGAUGGACGUACUCUUUCAGACUAUAAUAUCCAGAAAGAAUCCACCCUUCAUUUGGUGCUCCGUUUGAGAGGAGGUAUCAUCGAGCCCUCUCUGCGUCUCCUAGCUCAGAAAUACAACUGCGACAAGAUGAUCUGUCGCAAAUGCUAUGCUAGGUUACACCCUAGGGCUACUAAUUGCAGGAAAACCAAGUGUGGACACACAAACAACUUGCGCCCCAAGAAGAAGCUGAAGUAAACUAUAGUUUUGAGGUUAUUUUUUUAUUUAAUGUUAAUUGAAUAAGAUACAAUGUUAAUUCAAGAUCGGGGGAAAUAAUAGGAAAUG